CACGCCUGGGACCUGCAGAUCAUCAGCACCUACCGGGAUCAUAUCAAGGGUGAGAGCAUCUACCAGAUGCUCUGCCAGGCCAUCACUGCCACCCGCACUGUCCAUGCCGUGCUGGGGACAGCUGAGUUCUUUGAGUUCGCCCUGAAGAACCCAUACACCGUCCAGCACACCGUCACCAUCGAGGUCGACCACCCAGAGCUCAGUGUCAUACUGGAUUCGAGGGAGUGGCGCCACUUCAAGGAGCUGACCAAGAGUGUUACGCCAGUGGAGGAGGAGAUGUUCCAUCUCCGUGAUGACCUCAAACCUCAGGUCUACCUGCGCCCCAGUGAGACUGUUCACAUCCCCUUCAAAUACCAGACCUUCUCUGCAGACCCUGCCGUUGUGGCAGCACAGGGUCCGGCCGGACUCGGCACCAGUGCCAAAGUGGAGACCCAGUCCCUCGGGAAGAACGGGACUGGGCGGACAAAGCUCAUUCAGGUUAGGGAGCUGGGCGAAACGCCGCUCGAGGGGCUGCAUGGGAGGAGCAGCAUCACUGGAAACCCCAUCUCUCUCCCGCCGCCCCUGGGGCAGGUCUCCUUCCAGGUGAGUGGGGGAAAGCCCAUCGCACUCCUGCGGGUGAAGGUAGAGCCACAGCCCCACGUGGUGGACCAGACCUUCCGCUUCUACCACCCAGAGCUCACCUUCCUGAAGAAAACCAUUCGGCUGCCUCCCUGGCACACCCUCCCUGGCACACCAGUGGGGGUACCAGCGGGGCAGCCCGAGAUGUUUGUUCGCUGCAGUGACCCUGACAUCAUCUGUGAAACCAAAGCCUUGCGGGGGCCGGGGGAGCCACAGGAUAUCUUCCUGAAAGUAGCUGGAGGACCAAGCCCGCAAAUCAAAAAGUUCUUUGUGGCCAUUUAUACGGACACCUGGCUGGCAGCACCUGUCCAGAUCUGGCAGUUCUACCUGCACUCCCUGCAGCGCCUGGACGUCAGCUGCACGGCCGGGCAGCUCACCCGGCUCUCCCUGCUGCUGCGCGGCACCGCG